AUGUGUCUGUUCAACAGGAAUGGGGAACUGGGAACCGGGGAGGGACAGGAGCGGAGGACAUCCACCCGGCGAGGGGGGCAGCCUGGAGGGGGGCCAAGGGGGACGGAGAAGGGGCCGUGGCGGGACGGGGUCCCCCAGCUGGGCUGCCCACUGGGGGUGGUGAAGGGCAGCAGAGCCAACGCCGAGAGCCGCGGUGCUCCUGGGCAGGAGGACAUGGCUGGGAUGAGGGAGGACGGUGGGGAGCGGACCCCCUUGCUGGGGGGGACACCCCUCAAGAGGCACGGGGCGGCGUGCGCAGCCGUGCUGGUGGUGGAAGGUCUGGAGCGGGCGGCUUUUUUUGGCAUCACGGCCAACCUGGUGCUCUACCUCACCAGCGGCACCUUUGGCUGGGGGGGCACCCAGGCAUCCCGCGCCUGCCUGUUCCUUCUGGGGGCAUCCUACCUGCUCUCGCCCGUCGGCGGCUGGCUGGCCGACGUCUACCUCAGCCGCUACGGCACCGUGGUCCUCAGCUUCUUGCUGUACCUGCUAGCCACCUGCCUGCUGCCCGUCACCACGUCGCUGGACGGGCGCCUUUCGGCGUGCGGGCAGCUGCCCGCCGCCACCAUCCGAAACUGCUCUUGGCACCAUGGUGGGACGUGCCGGGGGCAGCCCCCCGAGCAGUAUUGUGCCCCCACCAUCUACAGCGGCCUCCUGCUCUUGGCACUGGGCAUCAGCUCUGUCAGAGCCAACCUUACCCCCUUCGGUGCUGACCAGGUGAGGGACCAGGGUGGUGACGCCACGCGACGCUUCUUCAACUGGUUCUACUGGAGCAUCAACAUCGGGGCCGUCUUCUCCCUUCUGGUGGUGGCCUUUGUUCAGCAGAACAUCAGCUUUCUGGCCGGCUACCUCAUCCCCGUCGCCUGUCUUGCCUUGGCCUUCCUCAUCUUCCUCCUGGCCACCCCUACCUUCGUCACCAAGCCCCCCACAGGCAGCCAGGUCUCUGCCAUGAUCAAGCUGGCCCUGCAGAUUUGCGGCUGCACCCGGCUGGGGGGCACGGGGGCCAGGCUGAGCACUCGCCGAUGGGAGGCUGGGGACCCUCUCCCCAACAGCAGAGCCCAACCUGGAGCCCCGUCGCCUGAGGAAGACCUUGCCAACUUCCGGGUGCUGGUCCGGAUCCUGCCCGUGAUGCUGACCUUCAUCCCUUACUGGAUGGUCUACUUCCAGAUGCAGUCGACAUAUUACCUGCAGGGUUUGCACCUGCACAUCCCCAGCAUCUUCCGACACAGCCAGGACCGUGCCAGCACCCUCCAGGGCUAUACGUUCCCAGAUGCUUGGCUGCUCCUGGCCAAUGUGGUGGUCUUGCUGGUCUUGGUGCCCCUGAAGGACCACGUCAUCGACCCCUUCCUAGCCAAGCGGAGGCUGCUGCCGUCGGCUCUCAAGCAGAUGGCCCUGGGCAUGUUCUUCGGCCUUGCCUCCAUCCUCACAGCAAGCAUCCUGGAGCGAGAGCAGCUGCAGUACGUGCGCCACAACCAGACGGUGCUGCAGCUCGUCGGCAAGGACCGCUACCUGGCCGCCACGCUGCCCAUCUGGUGGCAGGUCCCCCAGUACCUGCUCAUCGGCGUCGGCGAGCUCUUUGCCAGCAUCCCUGGCCUGGAGUUUGCCUACGCUGAGGCCCCCAAGUCCAUGAAAGGAGCCAUCAUGGGUCUCUUCUUCUUCAUCUCCGGGGUGGGCUCGCUGCUGGGGUCGGGGCUGCUGACCCUCCUCUCACUGCCCACCCACGGGUGGACGCACUGCCCGGAGGACAGCGGGAGCAUCAACAGCUGCCGCAUGGACAACUACUUCUUCCUGCUGGCGGGGAUUCAGUCGGUCGCCUGCCUGCUUUUCACCUGGAUCUCCAGGCGCUACCAGAGCCAGCCGCUGCGGAUGGGUGCCCCCCACCUCUGCACGGGGCCGGAGGACGACUCGUAUGGUGCCACGGGGGGGUGA